CCUCGAGAUAAGUAUCCUGAAAUUAAUAUAUUAUUAUUCACAACAUGUAGUAACGCAUAUUAGUUACCGAUCUUGCACUAUGGUUGAGAGAUAAUUUAAAAAAAAAAAGAACUAAUUUUCCGCUAUGGUCACCCCGGCCUCACCAGUCCGCCAUCUUAUAUUGUCAUUCGCAUUUUAGUGCUUAACCGUUCUGCACUUUUUUCUUUACAUUCAAAAUUAAGCAGUUAAAAUGCCGAAACGUAAACGUGAAAAGGAUUUUGACUACAUCAGUGAUCAAAUCAAGAAGUUAAAAAAGAAAUUAAAACGAGCACGGAAACAAAACACAAUUUCUUCGGAUAGUGAUUCUGAAUCUAAAAAUAGCUAUAACGAUAAUGGGCUAAUAGAAGAACCAAUAAUCGAUCUCGAAAAUAGUACUAACGUUUCUCAAUCCAACCAAAACUUGGCCGAAAUCACGAAUACAACCCCAGUUUUGCCCAACGCAGAAAUAGAACCCGAAAGUGACCUAGUCAAUCUAGAACAUAUCUCGGGCGAGACUGCCAAUAAAGAAUGUGAAAACACACAGUUGGACAAAGACAUUUUAGAGGUCCUUGGAGACGACCCUUCCACUACUGUACAGUACGGAGAAGAAAUCCAUAAGGAACUCGCAACCCGGUUACAACAUAUUACAGCCUCUGGCUUAACCAAAGAAACUAGAAAAGAAUUGCAACAAAAAUACCUGCUUCCGUCAAAUGCAAUUCUUUUAGGCGCUCCCGCAUUGAAUCCGGAGAUUAAAGCAGCUUUGCCUGAAACGUUAGCCAAUCGCGACAAAGCCAUAGAAUCUAAACAAAAACUCCUGGCAUCGGCCAUCUCCUGCGUAGCAUCAGCUACUUCAUUUUUGCUGGAACCCCAAAAUCAAAACAAGGAGUUAUUGAAGAAACUUAUGGACGCAAAUAGACUUUUGUGCGACAUACAGCAUUCCGAUUCAGUGACCAGGCGAAUGUUUAGUACGUCAGUACUGAAAAAAGACGUCAAAUCCCAAAUAAUGAACUCCAAAAUUGACAAAUUUCUAUUUAGUGAAAAUCUUGCUGAUACACUAAAAACAGCUAAAGCCGUGUCUAAGUCCGGUGCUGAAAUAAAAUACACGAAUACUAGAAAGGACGUCAAAAAACCCCAACCCUCAACAUCUAAAGCCGGUACUUUAAACGUGAAAGCCCAGGUGGCUCAGCCUCAGAGACCACCUGCGACCACGAGGAAGACCCAACCACCUGUCUAUCACCAGAAUCGGCCCGCCGGAUCAUCCAAGACGUCAUCGCAACGGCAGAAGACGACCAACUAUCGACGUUAGAAGAGCAAAGGCAAGAUUCACUCCAACCUUACCCUGGCUGCCGGAAUCUUGUGCGGACGGCGUUGCUGAGACGUAGUGUACCACCUUCAUCUAUAGAUAUCAUGCUGGCGUCACUAAGCGACAACUCCAUCAAGCAGUACAACGUUUGUCUUAGAAGAUGGCACGAAUUUUGUGUUCACAAUAACCGGAAUAUCUUUCAAGCUUCAAUUCCAACAAUCAUCUAUUUUUUUACCCAACUUUAUCAGUCUGGCGUGCAAUAUGGCACAUUAAAUAGUUACAGAGGUGCUCUUUCUCUUAUAGUAGGUUCACACAUAUCCACAGAUGAUAGAAUCAAAAGGUUCUUUAAAGGGGUUUUUAGACUCAGACCCCCAGCCCCUAAAUACAAUGUCACGUGGGACACCUCUAAAGUGCUAGAUGCUUUAAGUGAGUGGUACCCUAAUGAAGCUCUCUCUCUGCAGAAACUCACCAAAAAAUGCGUUACCUUACUGGCCAUAACAACGGCGCAUAGAUCACAAACAUUUCAUAAAAUAAACAUAAGUAAUAUAGAAUCUUCUACAGACCAUAUUAGCAUUAAAAUACCAGACUUAAUUAAAACAUCGAAGCCAGGUACCAAUCAACCUAUUAUUUGCAUACCAUUCUUCACUGAAAAACUCAGCAUAUGCCCAGCUACCACGCUACUGUGCUACAUUAAAAAGACAGCUUCACUUCGCCAAACAGAAAACUUAUUAAUAACUUUUAAAAAACCCUAUAAAGCAGUCACUACUCAAACCAUCAGUCGAUGGAUCAAGAACACUCUCAAAGAUUGUGGAAUUGAUAUCUCCAUAUUCACGGCACACAGUACCCGGCACGCUGCCACUUCUAAAGCUUACCAAAAGGGUGUCAGUAUAGAUGUCAUCCGAAAGACUGCGGGAUGGAGUGGUACUUCCACUACAUUUGGUAAAUUCUAUCAAAGAAUAAUAAGAAACGAGGAUCAGACUCCUUUAGCCAGAGCUGUCCUUAAUCAGGAUUAAAUAGAGGCGAUGAUUUUGAUUUAACAU